AUGACUGCCCAACUCUUUGAGACCGACUCCUCCGAUGCUGUCAAGUUCAGCCUCAUCACCUCGCCACCGGCCCUUGUCGCCGUUAUAAUUGCCAACAUUCAAGCACAAGUGUCCGUCAAUGAUGCCAAACCCCCGGCACCAUUCGAGGAUAUGACUGUGUUCCACGCUCAAGAACCGCCAGCGAUCUCCGUUGCUGACUACGUGGCCCGCGUUUCGAAGUACGCCUUUUGUUCGCACGCCUGCCUAGUCGCCGCCUCCUACUACAUCGAUGAGGCCAUUCGCAAGGAUCCCAAACUCGCCCUCUCCAGCCUUAGCGUCCACCGUCUAUUUAUCACCGCGGUUAUCCUUGCUAGCAAGUAUUUUGAUGACGUCUCCUACAACCUCCCCUAUUAUGCCAAGGUUGGAGGUCUUCCCUUCAAGGAGCUUGCUAAUCUUGAAAUCAACUUGCUCUCCGUUCUAAACUUUCGUCUGGACAUCCCAGCUCAGAAGUUUGCCGCGAUUGAGACCAAUCUCGUUGAUCAGUUGGAUGUGUUUGAGGCGCACCCCAUCGACGAAGAACUUACCCGCGUCGUCGAUGUGGCACGCUAUGAGCUCUGGCACGCAGACAUUGUUCCCGUCGAACUCACAUGCCCCUCGGACGAUGUCGACUUCACCGACAUCGUCAAGGAAGCCAGCCGCAAGCGUCGUGCCCAUGUCAGGAAGAUGCGCUCGUCUCCCACCACUUCGGCAUGCACCGAUGAAGGACCAUCCUUAUCGCGAAACAUCUCUAUGGCUUCCGUGUCCUCGACGAGUGAUAUGUCCAUCAGCACGGACACCUCCCCGGCUUCGGCAUGCAACAGGGACUCGACGCACUUUGAGUAUACUUCGAAGCGGAUUGUACAAUCACCCACUACACCGAGUGUCCAUCGCAAAUCUCAAACACAUUCGGUUCUGGUUUGGUGAAAAUGGUUUUGGAACCCGCUGUUCCUCUACUGACUGUACCUGCCUAACACAGCCUAACCUAAUUUUAAAGCAAUCUUCGGCUUCACA